AAGGAAGCUUUGAGAAUUAGAGACUAUGUAUGUAUAUAUAGUUGUGAAAUUCUAUAGUGGGAAGCAAAAGACUGGCAUCUGAAUCAAAGAAUCCAAGGAAUGAAGAUGGAAUUUGGAGAAUCUUCUGCUGCAAACCCUUCUCAAGAAAUCGUCUGGGCUAAACUUGUGCCAUCGGACUCGAGAUACUCAGAGGUUGAGCUAAGGUUGGAUGAGAUGGUAAUAUGCUCGGAUGUAAUGUUCCCUUCUUUUGACAAGCAAGAAUGGUGCAAAGUAACAAGGAAUUCUGAUCUAUGUUCUGCCACAAUUCAAAAUAAGAGUUCAAACACUAUACUUGUUGAUGAGGUUGCCAUCCCAAGUGAAGAUUCUAUUGUUGUCAAAUGUGGAAGUGAAAUUAUUCCAGGUCCAAAAAAAGAAGGGUAUUUGAGCUACAGAUUUGAAGUAAUGUCUCCACAGGAAUGCAUUAAGGAACAACUAAAGAUUUGUUUAGACGUUGAACAUGCAAAAUGCAGCAUUUGCUUAAACAUUUGGCAUGAUGUUGUAACUGUUGCUCCAUGCCUCCACAACUUCUGCAAUGGGUGCUUCUCUGAGUGGUUAAGAAGGUCCCAGAACAAACAUUCAAAUGUGCUAUGUCCUCAGUGUAGGGCAAUUGUGCAAUUUGUUGGAAGAAACCACUUUCUGCGUACUAUUGAGGAGACUAUACUGCAAGCUGAUCCCUCCUUAAGACGUUCUGAUGAAGAAGUUGCGGUUUUAGAAUCCCAUGCAUCAAUCCAAUCGAAUCUUGUCCUUAAGACUGGAAAAAAGCUUGGUCGGAAGCGGGCACAUUCAUCACUAAAUGAGGAAAGUGAAGAAUUGGAGUUUCCAUGCCCUCAAUGUGGUGCUGAAUAUGCUGGAUUCCUGUGCAACCCUAACACUGUCCAUCUACAAUGUCAUGCAUGUGGAGGAAUGAUGCCUUCCAGAAAUGAUAUUGGUGUACCACAACACUGUUUAGGAUGUGAUCGGGCAUUUUGUGGUGCUUAUUGGCAUACACAAAGAUUUGGUGGAAGUGACUCUCACCCAGUGUGCUGUCAUGAAACUUUUAAACCAAUAUCAGACCAUACUAUCUCCAGAAUUCCAACUUUGGCUCAUGAAAACAAUUGGCAUGAACAAAAUAUCACAGAGAGGUGCAUCAGACAAAUGGGGAAAACAUUGCAGGAUGUUAUCUCAGAAUUGCUUAUUAGAUUGAGCAACAGGGAAAUUGAUCGAACAAGGAUGCAACUUAACCAUUCUGAGAUGAUAACUGCUGGCACAUAUGUUUGCAAUGAGUGCUAUGACAAAUUGGUCUCGUUCCUCUUGUACUGGUUUCGAGUUUCAAUGCCAAAAUCUUUUCUACCUCCAGAUGCAUCUAAAAGGGAAGAUUGCUGGUAUGGAUAUGCGUGUCGGACACAGCAACACAACGAAGAACAUGCCCGGAGACGGAACCAUGUUUGCCGUCCAACCAGAGGCAGUAACAUGUAGCUUGCUGCUUCUUAUCUGUCGAUAAAAGAAUCAUCUGUAACAACAGUUUAUAACUGCGACAGACCCUGCUGUUUAUAUAUCCCUCAAGGCAUUUGGAUUAACUUGAUUUUCUC